AGUGCGAAUUAGCCCGUUUCAUUGAAACCUAUUACCUAUCGUACACUGCGUCCGAACUGCGUCGUACGAGUUCGGACGAAAACAUGCGAUGUGCGAUCUAUCCGAAAGAAAUGGGAUAGUUCGCAGUUGUUAUGACGAAUUGAUAGUCGAUUUGUAACAGACCGAGAUGGAUGUUGAAAAAUUAAUUACUUUAAUUUAUGAAAAAAAGCCUCUGAGGGAUAUGACCGACAAAUCAUAUCACAUGAGAGACAUAAAUAGAAAAUUGUGGCAAGAAGUGGCAGUUGAAAUGAAUACUACGGUUGAUGGAGUAAAAAAUAAAUGGAGGGGGCUGCGAGACACAUUCCGAAAGGAAUUCAACAAGUCGAAAAAACAGAAAUGUGGAGAUGGUGCAGAAUCGGUAGUUACCUCCAAAUGGCCAUAUUACAAAAUACUGUUGUUUUUAUCUAAAACUGUUGAGCGACGUAACCUGCAUGGCAAUAUAUCUCCGCAAGAGGAAAGCAAUAACAACUCUUCUUCCGAGUCAGAAUCGACAUUGGAAGCUGCAGACAAUGCAUACUCUCAAUCAACCAUUCAGGAGUCAUCACAACAAAUUGUAAAUACAGAUAUACACCAGCCAUCCACAUCAGGUAAUAAGUUUACAAGUACAUUCAGAACACCUAGUAGAACAACUUUGCAAAGUAAGAAAAACACAAAAAAUCGUCUGAAAUAUGCUAAGAAUUCCGAGACAAAUUCAGUAGACGACAAGUUCCUCGAAAUAGAAAGAGCCAAAUUGGAAAUAUUGUCCCAACAUAAAAAUAGAGAAGACAGUGACAGUGAACGCCAAUUCCUACUGAGUCUCCUACCCUUUUUAAAGGCUGUACCUCAAGAUCGACAAUUGCUGGUGAGAAGUAAGUUGCAGCAAGUAUUUCUUGAAGAAGAACAAUUAUCUACAAGAGACGUGGCCGGAGCAGCAUAUCGUUCCAAUGAAACAAUUACAUCAACACCGUUGCCUUCUCCAAUGUCUUACACGGACACCGAUUCCUCCAGAGCGUCAUUCUAUUGUAAUGACUUAGUAUCAACACCACAUCAUUCUUCAUCUUUGCAAAAUACAGAAUCUUUCGGGGUCUCACAAUAAGUCUCACAAUAAGGUCUCAAGUGAAAGAAGAGAAGAUGUUUCCUAUCAACAGCCGUUGUCCAUUCAGAAGUAUAUUUCU